UCGUAAAUGCCAUGGCGUGGGUCCCCGCGGAGUCUGCAGUAGAAGAGUUGAUGCCCCGGCUGUUGCCGGUGGAGCCGUGCGACUUGACCGAAGCUUUCGAUCCUUCGGUACCGCCCAAGACGCCUCAGGAAUACCUGAGGCGGGUCCAGAUCGAAGCAGCUCAGUGUCCGGAUGUUGUGGUAGCCCAAAUUGAUCCGAAGAAGUUGAAAAGGAAGCAAAGUGUAAAUGUUUCUCUUUCAGGUUGCCAGCCUGCCCCCGAAGGUUAUUCCCCAACACUCCAGUGGCAGCAACAGCAAGUGCUGCAAUUUUCAACUGUUCGACAGAGUGUAAAUAAACAUAGAAGUCACUGGAAAUCACAACAGUUGGAUAGUAAUGUGACAAUGCCAAAAUCUGAAGAUGAAGAAGGUUGGAAAAAAUUUUGUCUGGGUGAAAGGUUAUGUGCUGAAGGAGCUAUUGGGCCAGCUACAAAUGAAAAUCCUGGAAUUGAUUAUGUACAAAUUGGCUUUCCUCCCUUGCUUAGUAUCGUAAGCAGAAUGAAUCAGGCAACAGUAACCAGUGUCUUGGAAUAUCUGAGUAAUUGGUUUGGAGAAAGAGAUUUUACUCCAGAAUUGGGAAGAUGGCUUUAUGCCUUGUUGGCUUGUCUUGAAAAACCUUUGUUACCUGAGGCUCAUUCACUGAUUCGACAGCUUGCAAGAAGAUGCUCUGAAGUAAGGCUCUUAGUGGACAGCAAAGAUGAUGAAAGGGUUCCUGCUUUGAAUUUACUAAUCUGCUUGGUUAGCAGGUACAGUAUUUCAACCAGCGUGACUUAGCUGAUGAACCAUCUUGAGGAGCUUAUCUCUCGGGCAAGGAAGAGAUUUCAUCUGCAGCAGCCUGUAACUGAGGAAGCACAAUGCCAAUUUGAGUAUAGAUUGCAUCACUUCAACACUGUGUGAAGGUCUCCUCUUAGUUUCUGCAACUCAAGUAUUCAGAAUAUAGAUCAGUUUGGAUGUCUGAAAUAUCUAAGGGAAACCUCACCUGUUAUUUGAUGCAGUUUGAAUAAUUUUCUUCGCUCCCAUACAUAUUGAAGUACCUACACAGAAACUGAAUAAAGUUUAGAGUCCCUGGUGCUAUUUCAUCGUUUACAUGUAUACAUAGAAAUUUUUGUUGAAAGUAUAUUUUGCUUACUCAAAUGUUGUUUGACCUUUGAAUAAAAGAUAAUGAAUGUCCUGAGAA